UUUUACAUCCAAUAGGUGGCGACACUGAGUAUCACAACAGUUUAUCAUCCCACGAGGAAGAAGUCAGACGACGAAGAAGAAGAAACUCGCCGUUGGUAGCUUUUUGGCUAGCACCGAUGUUGUAAUUAGGACCUACUUUGAAAGUGAAGAUGAACAAAUUAUCCAAACUUGAGGAUUUUGACUCCUAUGAAAUUGAAGAGCCGAGCGACGAGGAAAGAGCAAUCAGCAGUUCGGAGGACGAGCUGGACGUGUUACUGAACGGGACUCCGGAGCAGAAGAAGAAGCUGAUCAGAGAGUAUCUGACCGGAGAGAGCGAGUCCUCCAGCGGGGAUGAGUUCGAGAAAGAGAUGGAGGCUGAGCUCAGCUCCACCAUCAAGACCAUGGAAGGCACUUGGGGACAGCCAAACACGUCAGCAGGAAGUGGAGACGGCAGCUCAGUACACACAAGCCCUCCAAUGUAUGACAAGAUUUACUUUGACUCUGACUCAGAAGAAGAAGACAACCAGCCAAGUAGCUCCAGUGGGCAGAGGCGUGCGCAGCGGGUCAUCCCGACCAACGAUGAGCUGCUGUACGACCCCGAUGAGGACGAGAGGGACCAGGCCUGGGUGGAUGCCAGGCGGAGACAGUAUUACAGGAAACGACCGUCAACGUCCUCGCAGUCACGACGCUCCCAGCCCAAAAGUUUAGCAAACAGCGACGCAGUCCUGAACUGUCCUGCCUGCAUGACCACGCUGUGUCUGGACUGUCAGAGACACGAAAAGUAUCGCACGCAGUACCGCGCCAUGUUUGUUAUGAACUGCACGGUGAAGAAGGACGAGGUGCUGCGCUACCAAAGUCAGAAAGAGGGGAAGCCGCGCAACAGGAAGCGCAGGAAGGGAGCGGCGCAGGAUGAGACAUUGGAGCCCACUCCAGCGGGGAUGGAUGCUGAUGAGGUGUACCACCCUGUGCAGUGUUCAGAGUGUUCGACUGAGGUGGCCGUGUUUGACAAGGACGAGGUUUACCACUUCUUCAACAUCCUGUCAAGCCACUGCUGACAUCCGCUCAGACGGAAAGAUCCGACUGCACUGAGGUUGCCAUGAAAGGAGACAAAUUGUCAUCAUGGAUCAUGAUUUUACAGUGAAACCUCUGCUAUUUUUCAGCUUAAAAACCUUUUUUCAUGUUUUUUUUUAUUUUUAUUUUUUAAUCUCAGAACAUCUUUUGAAGGGAGCUUUUAAGGAUGAUGGCAAGGCAGCGGAGCGCCACCAAAUGAACUCUAAGAUUGAGACACUUAAGUGUCACUAUGUAACAUAAAGGCUUUUGUAAAAAAAAAAAAAGUUUUACUGUUUUAUUCUGUACUUUAUGUCAAAUAAACCAUGACAUUAGUGGUAAUGA